AUGGAAAUAAAAAUAUUGUAUUGUUAUAUUUCUAUUAACUUUGUUAUUAUACCUUAUCUUAACGCAAAACCGUUUUCUUUAAACGAAGUUAUUGCCGCUGAACGACGAACAACAACCCAGCCUUCAGAAAGGGUAUUGGAAACGCUGAGUAAUCAUUUCCCUCAAACUAAGAAAACCUCACCUUUCAAGUUUAAAAAAAUCUUUAAAAUUAAAUCACCUUCACGGCCCAAGAAAUUAAAACAUUUGCAAAGACUUCGAAACAACCGCAAAAGACUAACUUCGAAAAGAGAAGUCAAUCAAAAUGAAAAAACUAAUAAUAAAUACAUACCUUUACUUAGAAAUAUUGGGAUGUUAUUUGAUAAUAUUCUCAAUUCAGAUUCAAGCGAGACCUUCAACAAUAGAAAAUACCAGAGAAAUCAGUUUAGUACCAACGCCAAUGAUGACAUUACAUGCGCCUGUAAUAAAUAUGAUGCAGAAGAUAGAUCAUAUCCGCAUAAAAAGACAGCUACCGCGUCUCCUUCCCCUGAGAUCGAGACUGAGACAUCCAGCGCUCCCAUUGCUACCACCACGACGUCCUAUAAUUCUGCCAAUGAUAACGUCAGCGGUUUCGGACAGUAUAAGAACAUACCCUUAUUACUUACAAGAAAUACCUCGAGCGUUUGGAGAAACAAUAAUAGAUUCAAUGAGAGAAGCGGCUCCACAUAUAACGGGAGCAUUGAAGGAUAUAUCUCCGGGGUUCAUGGAAAUAAUCAAUACGAUACCGGCGUCAGAGAAAGACAAUCCGAUACACAAUAUCAUGAGAAAAAUACCAACAGCCAUUCACGAGACAAUACAAAUAGCCAUAGAUCCCGUGCAGGAAUACGCGGAACCAGAACUGAGUCAAGAAAUUCAAAUGUUAAAGGAAGAACCCACAAAGCAAAAGAAUUUUUACGUGAGACAAAUGAAACCGUUGAAGACAUUGCAAGAAACUUAUCUGAAUACGAAAGAGAAAUUGAAUUCGAAAUUCGAAGAAACGAAACAGAAAGCGCAAUAUUUUUACCGAAAUUUACUUCAAGAUUACGAGAACAUAACUCCCAGGAGAAAAACACAUCGAUUCGAAUCUCCGAGUCUGAUGAAAAAAGCAACGCAUACAAUUACACCAGUAAUAAACGAGUCUCUGGCAGAAAUGGCUCAGAUACCGAGGAAGAUAAAACAGAUGGUGGAACAGAUAAAGCAAUAAUGUCCGUAUUUCCGUUGUCUAAUUCAACAUUUCCAAUUGGCAAGAUGGUUAUGAUUUUUGAUGGGUACAGUGUAGCUAGGGAUGUUAAUGGUGAAAACAAAAUAAAAGAAAAAGCUAUUCAUAUUCAUUCAUAGAAACUAACUUUUAUAUUAUGUUUUAUAUUAAUUUUGUACAGUGAAAUAUAAACUAAUUAAAUAAAAAAAAA